AUGACCGGUCGUUUGAAAAGUCAGUGGAAAAAAUUACUUCCCGAUGCUAUAUUACCCGAUCAUCAUCAUCAUCAUCAGCAGCAGCAGCAACAGCAACAGCAGGAACAACAACAAUCACAGCAACAGCUUGAACAACAACAGUCAUCAUCGGUACAGGAUAGUAGUAGUAGUAGUGGUUCAAGUUCAAGUGCAAGUACAUCUGCAAAUUCACCUGUAACUGCAAUUUCAAGUGGAAGUGAUUCAAUUUUAAGUGGAACUGGAAGUACUUUGAAAGCAACAAAAGAAAAGCUAAAAAAUAUUGCUCUACCAUCAAAUUUCCGUAAAUUACGAAAGAAAUUUUUAAGGUAUAAAAAAGAAGGCACUGAUAUUAAAGAGGAUAAUACGGAAUUUGAAAAGGUAGCUGUACAACAGCGACCAGCAAGAAGUAAGAAGAAAAAACAAAGUAUGUUAAAAUGGAAGGAAGGCGCAAAACCAAUUCCUAUCGAGGCUGAUGACAGCAAAGGAAAAAGAAAACCGAAGAAAAAAAAACGACAAGAGAGAAAAAAGAAGAAAUUAAAAUUGUCAAAAUCCCUAAGCAGUGAAUUGAUAACUGAAAAUGAGAAGGAACAGAAAACAAUGGAAAAGGAGGAAGCUGAAACUGAAAUAGAAGGAGAAGAGCAACCUUUUACCGAUUCUAAAGAGGAGGAGUCCGAAUUCGAAUCAGCAUUUGAUACGAUUGAUAGGAAGAAAAAGGAAGUACCAUCAAUACCUGCCGCUAGUGGUAAUUUAGAUACUUCGGUUGGUUCCAAAACACCUCCCGGACCAGCACAAGUACCAUCCCAAAUCCCACAGGAAUCUACACUUGCAUACUCUACUGUUAAGGGUUCAGCAGAAUUCAUCGUACCGUUUGUGAAUUCAAAUCAGGAACCCGUUCCUUUUGCUACAGAAGAAGCUACAGAUACCAGGAAUGUCAGCAGCAGUAGUGGUUCGCAAAAAAGUGACACUCCUUCAACUGCACCAGAAUUUGAUAUGUGUGAUGCCGAACCGAUUAUCCUUUCCAAACCGGCAUGUCAAGUUCUAGAGAUUAUAGUGAACAAACAAUUCUUUAAAAAUGCUGCAGGAUCAGAAAAGGAAAAUGACUUAAUCCGGAGGUACUUUGCUGGAAAAAUUCCUCCGGAACAUGAAAAAGAUGCGCAACGAACACUCGAAAAAGCAGUUGAUUUAGCUGUGACAAGGGUAAAAUCAAGCGGAAUAAAUAAAUACUUAUACAAUUUCCUAAAUAACCGUGUAAUGGCAAUUAGCUUGAUAAUCGAUGCGAUGAAAUAUCGGAAAAAAGAAUUCCUACCAGAAUUUUGGAAUUAUAACCGAAUGAACAAAAAAGAACCCUCCUAA